CAGCAGCUGUCAAACUGAACGGUCCGUUUUGUUUGCGCGAAUUGUAUGCAGCCAACUGGCAAACGGAGGGAAAUUCAAAGCGGGAGAAAUUAUGGAUUUUCAGUUUCAGUACGCUUGUUCGUGCAGAAAUCAAAAUAAACUUACCGUCAGCAUACUGCACGAUACCGCCUACCAACAGCGGAUGAUAACACGGCUGAACGAAAUCGUCGAUCGAGCGUGGGAUGAGGGCGAUCCGGAAAUCCUUGCGGAGCUGGCGAUUGUGCCGGAGAAUAUAAAACAGCUGGAUAAUCUGAAUGACCCACCCGCUGCUAGGGAAAGUAUUUCUAUACUCCACGACAGCGAAACGGAUCUAGCGGUCAUGAACUGCAUUCGUAAAGAAAGCUUUUCGUCAGGAAAUGCGUGCAUUUGUGAGGCAAUUGCCGACAGAUUAUCCACAGUUCUCGAUGCCGGACUGGCCCAAGUCAACGUCGAACCUGUGCAAGAAGAAGCUUUGCUCGAGAAAUUGCAACUGAUAAAACCGUUCGUGCAAGUCCUUAAAGACGAUAUCUCGCUAGCCAACUUUUUUAUCAGGUGUUGGAAACAAGCAGUUCGGUUUUAUUGUCCCAAGCUGGUACAGGUCCUGGCGCAGGUAUACCCACAGUUCCUUACCGCUAUCGUAGAUGAAUUACUGAAGCGUAAAGACUCAGAUUACGCUUCACUGCAAUCGUUGAAUCACUUUAAAUUCCUUGCCCGAACGCUUACGAUAGGCGAAUCCUUUUAUGCCACACUAUCCUACCUGGCCAAGCAGGACCGUGCGCGUGCUCAACCUCUGAUAAGUGCAUGCAUUCGUGCUACCAAGGACCAGCUAUCCAGUAAACAAUAUUUUGCACUAUUCCCGAAGCGGCUACGGCCGUACGCCAUUAUAAUGAACGAAAUUAUUAAUCCCAACGAUCCUGACCUUGAAACGCUUAUCCUGCAGUUGAAAAAAGAGCAACCCCACGACUACAGAAUCCUCAUCAUGAUUUCCCCGGUUUUUUGCUGCCUGGAGGAUGGAUUAUCAGAAGAAGUCAACAGUUGACCCCCAUCUCACGGCAAUAAACAUAAAAGAUGCUUAAAAUUCUUAAUUCA